UUACACAUAGAUAUGUUUAAAAUGGUCAACCUUGAGAACUGCCGAUAGACCUCGCCGUCACCAACCAAACCAUUCAAUCCUUCUCCUCAUUGAUCGGCCCAUCAUAAUCAGUGAGAAGCCCGCUCGAUCGAUCGAGUUUUGCGCCUAAUUCUCUGCUUUGUCUCACCAUCUCCAUCCUCAGUUCUAUCAAGGACAGAAGGAGAGACACCUCACAGGCUUUCUUGAGAGAGGCAAUGGUGAUAGAGGUGGAAAAGGCUUCUUAAAACUGGAAUGUACCAUUUCAAGACAAAGGGUGGUCCUAGAAUAAAUGAUGCUGAAGAGGAAGAACAUUAUGAGGGAGUUAUUGCUUGUAGAGUUAACUUGAUAGGCCUAAAUAAAAUGACAGUCAACAGGCUAUAUUUCAUCACAAACAGCUGCCAGACCUGAAUGCAGCUCCAUUGAUGGCAUGGUUGAUGAUGGCAGUGAAGAGAUUUGAGAGGAACACACUUAAGCUUCCAAGUUCAACAGUUCAUGACCAUCUGAACCUGAUCCGGGAGCUGAGGCAAGUCUUCCAACAACUAAGAAUACAUCAAGUGAGAGUUGGAAACAGAUCACCGCGGGUACUGCAAGGGACUUGCCACAUCCAAGGUCCUGUUGAUGGAUAUGACUAUUUCAGACGUAAAGGGUGGACCUUAUGGUAAUAUGCUCUCCAGAAAAGAAGAUAGAUCUUCUUGUAUUGCUGCUAGUGGUCCUGCUAUAAAGAGAAGAGCAUGUUAUACACAGAAGAACUUAUCUAGUGAAACUGGUCAUUUUCUAUGUUAUGGUUCAAUUCAUGAUUCAUCUCUCAAAAAUGAUAAAAGUAAAGAAAUGUCAAAAGCAUCAGUGGCCUAUGAUGCAUCUAAGAAUGUUGUCAUAAGUCCAAAGGUUAUUUUAGAUGAAGUUACCUAUAAUAAACUAGUUCGAGAAGAGACUAGUUUGACUGCUCGCAGUCCUUUUUCCUCACAUGGCAUCAAAACAUCUGAUUUAUGUCAAAGGAAAGCUUCAGAUAUUGCUAAAGAAAAGCAUAGAGAAGAGUGUCAUACAAAAAAUGAUUUACAUAUAUCUGGAUUUAAAGAAGCCAACAGUGCAGUUCAUGUUUGUCUUGGGCAACUACACAAGAAACUCAAUGAAUGCAGUUCUGGUUUAACAGAUAGUUCACGUGCCAGAAAUGAUAUAGAGGAAAUUCAGAAUGAGGCUGCUUAUGACUGUAAUAAUAGUGAACUUCAAGAGAAUCAGACAGAAUUUAAAGAAAAUGGAGAAUUCUCACUGGAGAAUAGAACCAUUCAUAGUAUCAUAGAUGAUGUCUCGUGUCACAAGACUGACAGCACAGAACACCCACCGUCAAGUAGUAAUGUAUCUCCAAUGAGUCAAUCUCCAUGUUCAGGUUCCCCAAUGAAUGGAAUUCUUUCUCGGUGCUCCAUUAAUGAUGAAAAGUCCCCAAUUUUGGGAAAAUAUGUUGUUGGGGAAAAGGAUGACAUGCCUGAUGAAGUAAGCAAAGAGGAUAGCAGAAAGAGUCGAUCUCAACUAGUUUCUUCAAAAGGCAGUGAUGAAUGUAUGGGAACUGAAAUUGAUGAUAACAGGAAGUUUCAGCCUCGUGACACAAUAAAGGGCAGGGCAACUAAUGAGCAAGCUGAUAAACAGUUUAACCAGGUUCCCUCUCAGCCAAACUCAGAGUGUGAAGCUUCAGCAGAAAUUGAAGCUGAUGUGAAAGUCUGUGAUAUCUGUGGAGAUUCAGGUCUGGAAGAAUUGCUUGCUUUUUGUAGUAGGUGCAGUGAUGGUGCAGAACAUACUUACUGUAUGCAAGUAAGGCUGGAUACAGUCCCUGAAAGUGAGUGGAUAUGUGAAGAAUGCCGACUCAAGGAAGCUCAAAAUGAAAUGAUAGGGAAAUUUGAAUCGCAACUUGAAGCAAUAGAAGCAGUAUGUUCAAGUGAAAAUAGUCAGAGUAUUGAAAGCACAUCUAAAAGUUUGCCUGGUGUAGAAAACAAGGCAGUUGACUUGGGCACUACAAAGGAUAAUAAAGAACUGGAUAAGCUGGCUUUAUCUAAGAGGACAGAAGAAAAGUUUGAUGUUACUAAGGAGAAAAUUUCUGAAGCAUGUGGUGCUUCCACUGGGACAACUGUUUCAAGAAAACCCACUCUUGUUGUGUGUGACAACACAAUUAACAAAAGUGAUUUAGUUAAGGUAAAACUACCAGCCCUGGUUACCUCAUGUUGUCAGUCAGAAGGUAUCUCUCGGCCUGGUGCUAAUGCACAAAGUUCUUCCUAUUCUAAUUCAUACAAGCUGCAAACACAUUUUGAGCUAACAAAGGGAUCUCUCUCAAAGUCAGUUUCUUUUAACAAGUCAAAAGUGCCAAAGGUCAAACAGUUGCUGGAAAAUAUUCCUCACAAGCAAAAAAUGACCAGAGAGUAUAGUUUGAGCAGCAUGAGAAAAGGGGGACCAUCACAAGCAAUCACAAAAUCUGCUUCAUUCAGAAGCGAGAGUUCAGGGUUCUCCAAUGUGUCGACAGUUGGCGACGUGCUAUUACCUAACCCACCACCCUGUGAGGAUCUUAGAGAUGUGAAACAGGUGAAAGAAAAGAGUAUGACAGAUAAAAGACUUUUUAUGUCAGAUCGCCCCUUCACCAGUCUAUCAGUAGCUGCCACCAGUGUUUCUUCUGUGAAGAUCGCUCCAAAGGUUCUGCAGUAUGAGGCCACACCAGAAGUGAUGCUUGACCCAAGCAAACUGAGCAACAAUAGAGGAUCAAAAGAAGCAACUAAGUUUGCUAAAGAAUUGAAGCAGCUGCCAAUAUCGCCUAUAUCACAAACUUCUGGAAGCACAUCUUCAGUUAGAUCAUGCAAGAAUGAAGAUCAGAAGCCUUUGCACCAUGGUGCAGAAUUGAUCCAUAAGGAUGAUAAAACGAAGGACCAUACCUUUUUAAGCAACAUUAGGCAGGCAGCUUCUGUUGACAAUCGAUUAGCACGAUGCCAAAGGUGUAACGAAUCAGGUCAUUCCACACAAUUCUGUGCAGUUGACAAACUUCACAUGUCUGCCAUGAAACCUUCUUUGAAACGAAAUUCAAAGGAUGUGGAUUACAGAAGCGGUAAGUGGAAAGAUGCAGUGGAUGUUUUUACGUUGGAAUCUGGAACAAAAAGGACUGCAAGAUCACCUGAUCAAUCUAUGGAAGUUUCUAUGUCCAGUGGUGAUGUACAUUCUGAAGCAACAUCCAAAGAUUUUCCAUCAAGUUUGAUAAGUUCUAGAAACUUGGCUUUCAUGGAACAUGCAUCUGUUGCACAAGAUUUUAGCAAUACAGCAAAUGCCAUUCAUGUGAAACAGAAAGUGGAGGACCGUAAGAAAUAUACAUUUCUUCCUAGAAAAGUUACACCUCUCGACUUUGCAGAUGACCUGAAUAUGCAGCCUGUCAUACAAACGUUGCCUGAUCAAGUUUCCAUGCCAUUGCAUCUAUUAAGAGCUUCAGUAAUUCCAGAGCUUGACUGCAUUUGGGAAGGUGUCUUUGAAGUGUUGAAAAUUGCCAAGCCUCCUGCAUUUUUGGAUGGUAUUCAGGCUCACUUGUCAAGUUAUGUCUCACCUAAGGCACUUGAAUUGGUAAAGAAAUUUCCUUGUAAAGUCCAACUGGAGGAAGUGCCUCGUCUAAGCGCCUGGCCAUUCCAGUCUCAUGAGAAUAGUCCUAAAGAAGAUAACAUUGCUCUUUUUUUCUUUGCUAAAGAUACAGAAAGUUAUGAAAAGUCCUAUUUGAAUCUGUUGGAAGAUAUGCUCAAAAAUGAUUUGGCUCUCAUAGGGAAUAUUGAUGCAGUGGAACUUCUUAUACUCCCGUCAAAUUUGUUACCAGCAAAUUCACAGUGCUGGAACAAGUUAUUUUAUCUUUGGGGUGUUUUUAGAGGAAGAAAUAUAAGUUGCUUUACAGACUUGCCUGAUCUGGAGAAAAAGCCUUCUGUUUCCAGUUUGAAUUUGGAACCUACUGUCCAAGAUCAAUCUAUCCCAGAUUUUUCAGGACUUUGUAGUUCUUAUGAAAUAUAUGAUGAGAAUUCUCAGGAGCUGUCAAGGUUUGACAAAUUCCCCAAGGCAAAAGCGAUUAUCUCUAGUUCCUGCUCAAAUAUUCAGGAUGUUCCCUGUUCAGGAAACAAGGAUAGGAUCCUUAACAUAAAGCAGAUUCCUCCUGUUCAGAACUUGCAUCUUGCUGUUUGUGGUGAUAAAGUUCUUACGGAGCAGACUUCAUGCUCAUGUUCUGCAAGCUGCCCAUAUACUAAUGUGAGCCAGCUUCCUAAUGUUCCUGUUGCUUAUCCAGAGCCAAAGCUUCAGAUAGACAUUGAACAGUUGCCAUUGGAAAUGGAGAAUGAUCUCACUGACCUAGGCAAACUCGCCGGUGAUUCAGAAGGCAGCAAAGAUUCUGAACAUCAUGCUAAUGCCAGUAGUACAAGCAUUAGUAAUUGUGAAGAACCCGUAUUUUUGGUGUUAUUUAAUUGCCAGCAAGGCAAUGCCAGAAAUGUUCAGAAAAUCAAGCAAAAAGAGAAAUUCAUAACAAGUGAAGCUGUUCCUGAUGAUCAAGUAUCAGAUGCCAUAAAGUUAGACGAUCUUAGCUGGGAAUCGAGGCAUAAUAAGAAACGUCGACUGCCUAGCUCUGCGGAAACAAUUAUAAAACCGACUGCCGAUAGAAUGCUGUGGAAAGAUGAAGCAAGCUGCACAUCUAUGAAUGAUACAGAACUUAAAAAGAUGAGGCUUGAUAAUGGAGGGCAUGCUGCUUGUAGCUCUAGGGAAGAAACUCUAAGCAGUGGAUUACCCUCAAAGAUACAUCCUUUGCCAUCUGGCUGCUUGAAUGAUGGUAUCGGCUGCGACACAAUGUGUGAGAGCUCAAAAAAUGCUGAAAGAUUCUUCCCGAUCGAUUUAGGUACUGCAACAAGUACAAAGGCAGACAACUUAAUCUAUGUUCUUUCUUCAGACGACGAAGAUUCACCUGAAUCUAUGGCUCCAGAUCUUGAGCUAGCCCUGUGGGGAAAGAAGAGACCACCAAAAACAGAUUCCUCACCUUGGCUAUCUCCAAAUGUUGGAAUAAAACGUAACCCAGAUAAGCCGCUUGCUCCUGCGGUUGAUGACGGAGAUGAUAUGCUAGCUUCCCUUUCACUCUCACUAGCUUUUCCUGCCACCGAGAAGCCGCGGUCUGACAAACCUAUGACACAAGAUGAGCAACUUUUGUCUGAUAAACCUUGUAUUAACACAUCUUUGCUUCUUUUUGGUGGCUAUACAGAUACCUAAAUCAAUUCGGAGCAUGUAUAGCUUGUAAAUUAUCUUCUGUAAGUAGCCAUAAUACAGUCCCCUUGCCAUCCCUUUGAUAACCAUACAACAGACAAUUGCUUCAACUUGGUAUGUUCUAUGUAGUUGCUUCUGAGUGCAGUCAACUUGAUUUAGCGUAUAGGAGAUGGCGAACUGGCAUCAAAUUAUUGGGGUUCCAUUGGCAUAUUUUAUGUAAGUCUUUCUUGUGAGUUAGUCAUAUUUAUGAGUUUAAGUUUUGAUUAGUUAAGAAAUCAUAUAUAUAUAUAUAUAUAUUAGCAACAUAAACUAUCGGCUAGAAGAAAUGACAGAUUGAGCUGCAUGCGAAAGGAUAAAAUGAGCAAUCCAUGUUUAAAGGGCAGAGAUGGGAUGGAUAUCAUCACCGUUUGGAUAAGCUUGUCUACGCCUGCGCCUUCGUUGGACGACGGCUUUCCGUUCGUUCGUUUCUCGAACUCACCCAUUUCGGCCGUCGGGUCAACGGCCAAUGAGCCCCAUUGUGGUGUAGUUACCACAUGCGGCCCCCGUAGCAACAGUACGGGUCGCUACGAACUGUCGCGUCGGGUGUUGAUCUCAUCAAAGCGCCGUAACUAAAACAAUACCAGAAUUACGGCCGAGGGAGUUCGUCAUCCGCCCAACUAUAAUUAGAAGCACUUGUGUCGAGUUCCUAUUGGUUGGGGCCCUGGGGGCGUUGGCGGGGUCCACUGAGUGUACACCCUUCAAAUGCCGGGCGGCUGGGGGAUCGGUGAUCAUUCCUCGAACCCCCCUCCCACCCCAAAAAUGGAUUUCUCCUAUUCCGCCUGCUUCUCUGUUCCCAGCACCGGCUCCCCCCGCCUUCUCGCUCCGGCGGGGCCGCCCGACCCCUACGGCGAGUCCCCCUACUGCUUCAAGUAUGUCGCCCCCAGGAUCGUCUCCAUGGUCCUCUGCUUCGUCGUCAUCGGCGCGCUUUUCACCUUGGCCUUCAGCCCGCCGCCUUCCCAGGACGAGGAGGACGAGGAGGACGAGGAGCCGGGGUGGGUACGGGGGAAGAAGGCGGCACGGGGGGCGCUCGACCCAGCCGUGCUGUCGUCGUUCCUGGUGGCGCCGUACGCCGCGGUGGCCGGCUCGGGGAGGGUGGGGCGGGACUGCCCCGUGUGCCUGGCGGAGUUCGGCGGCGGCGACGCUGUCAGGGUGCUGGGGAAGUGCGGCCACGGGUUCCACUCCGGCUGCAUCGACCCGUGGCUCGCGGGGCACGCCACGUGCCCCGUCUGCCGGUCGGACCUGGGGGCGGCCGCACCCGUCGUCGUCGUCGUCGUCGCCCCGGGAGAUGGAUGACGGCGGGACGGAGGAGCGAUCGUCUACGGUACAGCCUUGUGGCGACCCCCCAAGUUUUUGGGCUCCGGCGUAUGGGGGAAUGCAAGAGAGGCUGCUUCGAGAAUUCUUUUUUUUUUUUGUACAUAUUUGCUUUUUUACAUAGUUGUAUUUAUUAGCAUAUAUGUUAUUCUUUUUAGUUCUAAAAAUUAGAAGAAAAAAAAACCAAAUUUCAUUAUUUA